AUGUUUUUUGAAGCCACCUAUGUCCCAUCACCGCCUUUAUCAAUAGCAAGUGACGAAGAUGACUUGAUAGAUAAUACCAACACUACGACAGACAGUCAAUCAGCAGACAGUGUAAAUACAAGCGAACCCAGUUCGGAUAAGCCAGUUGACCAUUUGAUCUUUGUUAUCCAUGGUAUUGGACAGCAAACAGAACAAUAUGGGCAUUUCUACGAGCACAUCGAGAAUUUGCAAGAGACGACAAGACAAGUGUUGCAGGCAAAAGUGCCUGAUCACAAUGUUCGCAUAGAACUGAUACCCAUUGAAUGGCAUAGACACAUCCAUGAGCAAGUGGAUCCCAUCAUCAACAAAAUUACACUCAAAUCGAUACCCACCAUCCGUCUGAUCGAGAAUGAUUAUCUGGCAGAUGUCUUGUUUUACUUUUCCAAGGACAGAGGACAAAAGAUCAUUGACAAUGUCACGAAUCUAUUCAACACAUCCUACCACAAUUUUAUGGAGAAACACCCAAAUUUCACCGGCAAGAUUGUAAUUAUGGGCUAUUCGCUGGGUGGCAUCAUUGUCUGGGAUAUCCUGUCGCAUCAACGGGAGCCUAAAGACCAUGAAACAGCCAUGUACGAUAAAAUGGACAUCAAAUUCACCAAACUGGAUUUCAAGCCAAACUACUUUUUCGGUCUGGGAUCUCCUGUGGGUGCUGUGCUGACCUUCAGAGGUCAAGAUCCAAAAGUGUAUCAUCCAGAUUUCGACAUUCAGUUUGAGAACGUAUUUCACCCUUUUGAUCCUUUGGGCUAUCGAUUUGAACCGCUAUUCAACGAUUAUUUCACAGACAAACCAGCAGUAUUGGUGCAGAGAUCUGUUCCUAUCGGCCCUUCGUUCUCUUUCCCAUCCAUGCCAUCGUUUCCGCUAUCUGCUGGGUUUCUGUCGUUUUUCAGUUGGAAGCAAGAAGACAAGGCAGCGAAGACAAUUUACAAUGCCACAGCGGAAGCAGCUGAUGCCAACGAGGACAUCAUCAAGGAGGAGAAUGCGCAAGUCAAACAACAGGACGAGCAGGCUUCUACAUCAUUCGGUUUCAUGUCUUCAUUUCUUCAAUACUUCUCAAGGGGCGGUGGCACUGAAAAGCUGAAUGGUACGGAAAACAAACAAGAUGCGUCUAAAAAUGGCAUCAUCACCUGGGAUCCUCUCAAAGAGCAGACAAGAGAGCAGCUAUUGGCAUUGCGUGAUGAUUUGGACAGAACACUAAAUGGAUUCAAUGCAUCAUCGUUGGGAUUACCAAGAAGGCCUGCCAUGAAUAUUAGAUCAAAGACGAUUGGAUCAUCCACACCGCAGGAAGACAGUUUAUACUCAUGCUCUUUGGAGCAAAAUUCAGAUGGUUCUGUAUUUGAUAAAGCAUCUGGUGGAGAAGCAGCAAUACCGCCGUCCAUCAGCAAAAGCAGGAGUAGCUUCAGCAUAGAAAACAAGAAACCAGAAAGAAUAGCGUUGCGUAAGACCUUGACAGAACACAACCCUAAACGUCAACAUUUGGUAGAAGUGCUUGGCAUUGAUGGCGUCCGCGUUGAUUCGUUUGAGCGAGCAAGAGUUAAUUUUGAUAAGCAUGUGCAGCAUGACCAAACACAAUCAGCAGAAAGUAACGGCAAUAAGCAUUUGCAGUCAUCUACAUCAACCACGACUGAUAAGAAAAAAGAAGAAGAAAAGACAGGCGACAGCAAGAGCAAUGAUCUGUGGUCAGAUUUGAAUCAGGAGAUGAAUAAGCCGGGCCCAGCCAUCACAAGCCCAGGCGAGUCUCGGGCAGAGAUAGCCCAAGAUGCAACUGUACCAGCCUCAUCUACAGAUAAGAAUGAACCAGAGGAGGAUCAAGAAGCUGACAAGGCCCUGAAAGAAGAGCAAGAGUCCAUCAAUACCCUGCCUGGAAAGAAGCGAAUGGAUUAUGUGUUACAGCCCGAUAGUGUUAUGUCGAUGAUUGCCAACGAAUAUCUUAUUGGAUUGCGUGCUCAUUUCUCGUAUUGGACCAACAAGGAUUUCAUCUGGCACAUGUUGCGCCGUAUCGAGGAUCUGGAUAGCAGCGAUGCAGCAUCCUCCUCUUCGUCGACAACCACCGCCCAUAACAAGAAAAAGAAGGAGCAGCAGCUAGAUGCUGGUAGAAAGCUGUAUCAUGCUGAAGCAAGUAGCAGUGGAGGAGCAACAAACAACAAGUCGACAACAUCCAUUGUUAGCAUUGACGAUAGUAAUAUUCCAAAGAAGAAGAAAUAA